AUGGCCGAAGAAACAAGCAAGCCGGCUGGUGUUCGCAAGAAGUUCGCCACUCCGCCGGUGAAGAGUGCCUGCUUGUCAUGCCGAGCCUCCCGGACCCGGUGCGACGGGAGCAACCCUUGUGCAAAUUGCCAAGCGAGAUCCCGGGAAUGCGUAUAUCUUCCCAGCCGGCGGGGCGGCGCUCGCGUGCGCAAGAAGCGCAAGGUCAGCGAUGAGGAUCCAGAGCAGCCCGGCUCCGCACCGGCCGAGUUUGAGCUGGUUGCGGCGCCGCAAGAGCCCAUCCCACUAGAGAACUAUAUCGACCCAGGGGCCGGCCUGAGCCAGCUCCCGGACUGGUUCCAAGACAGUGACUACAUGUUCGAUGGCCUGUUCACGACGCCAUGCUUCCCCAACGUCUCUGAUACAGACAAUGAGUCAGAUGCCCGGCCGCCUUUUUCUGGAAAGCCGGUUCCUAUGGUUCGAGCAUAUAAAAGCGACAGCGCCAUCCGAGAGGCAUACUACGUUUUCAUACAUUCCGUCUUCCCAAUCCUUCCGCCGCCAGAUGGCAUACCUGUGGAUCACGUCUCUCCAAGAUACCAAGACCAAGUUGAGAGCUUCGAGGACGGCUUUGAGUCUUCAUCCCCCGUCGGCUUAGCCAUAUCUGCCAUUCUAGCUCUCAUACCAUGCCCCGAGGACACUGAUCACCUGAGUCACGAGUCUCUACUGUUUCGGCGAAAGUAUGCACAGUACCUCGCACAGUCAGCCCUUGAGAGCAUCGAGGCCGAGUCAGAGAUCCCCGACUCCUCAACCGAGCCUCCCAGGGCUCUUGAGGAUCCCCCAGACGGCCCAGUGCGGGAACCCUUCCACAGGGGCGUGCCAUUGGAACUCGAAUCGAUCAUCGCCUUGGACCUCCUCAGCGUUUAUGAGUAUGCCCAGCGAGGGAAUCUGAAGAAGAUGCAGAGCAGAGCCGGGCAGGCCCUGAUGUCUGCCAUGGCUUUGUCCAUCCACUCAUCCUCUGGCGACGACGAGUUUUGCGAGUCAAGACGCAGAGUCUGGUGGAUGACUUAUAUGUCCGCCACCCAGGCGUCGGUCGUGAACAACACAAAACUCUCGUUCGCCAUCUUCGCGCCGGGCUUCACGGCAAAGUUUCCGGUGCUGAAGUCAGACUCUGAGGCUUUUGCGAUAUUUAUUCGAAGCCAACAGGCCAUACUCAGCGCAUCAAAAUUUGUCAUGGAGCUCAAGAAGACAGUGGCUGCAAAUGGCAACAUGACCCCCGUCUACGAACAAAUGAGGGAACUCGAGAUGUUCCUGGAACCUCUCAUCGCCCAGAGCGACGCAUGGGUCUUCAGCUCCACGACGACGUCGCCGGUUGAUCCCAGCGAGGAAGUCGUUGCACGCGGUCUCAAGUGCAUUGCCCGUGUCAAACUCAACAGCGCGAGAAUAAAGGUUCACCGGUACUGUGCCUUCCUCGACCUUCCCAUCUUCUCGGCCAAGCACUGCGACCUCAGGGCCAAACCGGCCGGGGGCGAGUUUGAUCAGGAGACGACAAACAGCCUGUCGUUUUGUUCCUACAGCCCGCUCCUCUCCAACCCCACAAGCUCGUCCGCGUCCAGCUCGCCGCCAUUCCCGUCCAACCACUCGACCCCCUCCUCGAAUGGGGACCUCGGCCUCUGGGCCACGGUUUCCCCCGGGGGCGGCAACAGCGGCUUCCCGUUCAGCAGCCACGUCUCGUCCAAGAUCUCCCUCCAGGCGGCCCUCAACGUGGCGCAGGCCUUCGACGACCUCCCGUACCCCAACCCGUCCGGCCAACAACAGCCGCAGCCUCCCCCCUACCGCCUCUCCCCGACGUCAGUCGUCCCCGCCCCGCGCACGAUGCCUUCGUUCGCCUGCUGCGCGAUGCAGUGCGCCUACGCGCUGCUCAUGGUCCGCGACAGGGCCAAGGCCGCGGGGGCCCCGACGCCGCUCGUCGCGGGCCUGCUCGGCGUCCUGAACCGCGGGCUCGCGUCCAUCUCGGCCACGCUCGAGAACUACUCGUCUGCGUUUGAGGCCCUGGGGGGCAUGAGAGGUGAGUAG